AUGGCUUUACCGCCGGAGGGCCCCUUCAACGUCGCGUUGCUGGACAGCGACGGCGUGGACCUGCCCUUUGUGAACCAUGGGGGAAUGCGCUAUGUGGCGGGCCGACCUGGGCAGGCAUUCACAGUGAAGGUGUCAUGGCCGCCGGAGCAUGAGAUGGGGAGCGUCAGCUUCGUGUUGGAGGUCGACGGCGAAUUUGUGGGAUACACUAGAGUGCGGGAUCUCCUUGGCUACCCUGCAGAACGCUGCGAAGUUAUUUUUGAUGGUUGGAUGGUCUCAAGAGGUGAGGUUUCAUCCGCAGAUGUGCAAGUUGAGUAUGCGAGAUUCUGUUUCUGCAAGCUGCAAGAUCGGUCAGACGAGUGCAUUACGCGUUCUGUGGAUGCGCCUACCGGCGUGGGCACCGUUAAGCUGCAAGUCUUUGAGUAUGAAAGGGGAGAGGGAUUCAUGUCCAGGCGCCGAACGCAGCGGCUGUGGGGCUCGAUGGCCUCAGACAGGAACCAUUCCUACAACAGGAGUGUGGAGAAGAAGACGGGUUCCAGUCUGGGCACCGAUGCAGGGGAAACGUUCUUCAAGACACGGAGGGCCCUUGGGGGCAGGUUGCCUCCUGGGAGAAUGGUGGGCCCUCCAUUGGAGACGAAGACACUAAAGUAUGACACUGCAGGGGCACUCAUGCUCCGGGGCAUCCUAGAUCCGAAGGACAUCUUUCACAAGAUGAUAUUGGAUGAAGCUACAAGAGAACUAGAAGUUGAGCAUAUGCUGCCUUCUGGUGGUGACAGUCUGACAUCGACGAGAGCAAGGGGACGGCAGGCGGAAGUGAAGCAUGAGUUCAGCCACAGAUCGCAGCCCAUGAGUCAAGAGCGCCCAUCAAAUUACCCUUGGUCCAAGUAUCAGGAUCAAACGGUGGAAGUUUGUGACCUCACGGACGAGGUGCCAACGUGGUCUGCAAGAGACGAAAAGCCGCCCACUGAUGGAAUGACGCUGCAGGCAGCAGGCUCCUCAAGUGGCUGGGGUUUUCAUAAUGGUGGGUUUAGGCUGAAUGCAGCAACGUCUUCAAGAGGUUGGGGUGUCAGUGCUCCAAAUGCCAGCAGCUCGAAACUUGCUUCUGUGGGGUUCUCGAAUGGCGGGGGCUCUGAGCACAGGGUUGUGGAAAAUGCGAGCAUGCCCACAGCCGGACCUGCAAAUGGCCGGGGUCCUGAAACUGUGUGCCUUGAUAGUCCAAGGCAGCCUGGAGAAGGGCCUUCAAGUAGUCGUGACCCUUCAGCAUUGUGUGCAUCACCUAUCUCCUCACGGCAAGUGUGUAUGGGAACAGUUCGACCUGUGGAAACGAUAGAAAUAGAUAUGGAUUGUGGUUGUGAAGAUGGGAAUGCACCUGUUGUCCUGACAUAG